ACGUGUGGACAACUACAUCCACAGCUGCCUUUCCUACAACAGCAGGGUUCGGGACCGAAUCGGGUCUGGCCCUGAGGCUGGUGAACGGCGGUGACCGGUGUCAGGGCCGCGUGGAGGUCCUCUACCGAGGCUCCUGGGGCACCGUGUGUGACGACAGCUGGGACACCAAUGACGCCAACGUGGUGUGCAGGCAGCUGGGCUGUGGCUGGGCCAGGUCGGCCCCAGGAAGUGCCCGGUUCGGGCAGGGCUCAGGGCCCAUCCUGCUGGACGACGUGAGCUGCUCGGGGCAUGAGUCCUACCUGUGGAGCUGCCCCCACAGCGGCUGGAACUCCCACAACUGCAACCACGGGGAGGACGCGAGCGUCAUCUGCUCAGCGGCUCAGCCCUCCACAUCCUGGCCAGACGUGUGGACAACUACAUCCACAACUGCCUUUCCUACAACAGCAGGGUUCGGGACCGAAACGGGUCUGGCCCUGAGGCUGGUGAACGGCGGUGACCGGUGUCAGGGCCGCGUGGAGGUCCUCUACCGAGGCUCCUGGGGCACCGUGUGUGACGACAGCUGGGACACCAAUGACGCCAACGUGGUGUGCAGGCAGCUGGGCUGUGGCUGGGCCAGGUCGGCCCCAGGAAGUGCCCGGUUUGGGCAGGGCUCAGGGCCUAUCCUGCUGGACGACGUGGGCUGCUCAGGGCAUGAGUCCUACCUGUGGAGCUGCCCACACAGCGGCUGGAACUCCCACAACUGCAACCACGGGGAGGACGCGAGCGUCAUCUGCUCAGGUACCGAAUCGGGUCUGGCCCUGAGGCUGGUGAACGGCAGUGACUGGUGUGAGGGCCGAGUGGAGGUCCUUUACAGAGGCUCCUGGGGCACCGUGUGUGACGACAGCUGGGACACCAACGACGCCAACGUGGUGUGCCGGCAGCUGGGCUGUGGCUGGGCCAGGUCGGCCCCAGGAAGUGCCCGGUUCGGGCAGGGCUCAGGGCCCAUCCUGCUGGACAACGUCGAAUGCUCAGGGCAUGAGUCCUACCUUUGGAGCUGCCCCCACAAUGGCUGGAACUCCCACAACUGCAACCACGGGGAGGACGCGGGCGUCAUCUGCUCAGCUGUACCGACACUUCGUCCCUCAACUGCCUUUCCUGCAACAACAACAGGGUUCGGGACCGAAUCGGGUCUGGCCCUGAGGCUGGUGAACGGCGGUGACCGGUGUCAGGGCCGCGUGGAGGUCCUCUACCGAGGCUCCUGGGGCACCGUGUGUGACGACAGCUGGGACACCAACGACGCCAACGUGGUGUGCCGGCAGCUGGGCUGUGGCUGGGCCAGGUCGGCCCCAGGAAAUGCCCAUUUCGGGCAGGGCUCAGGGCCCAUCCUGCUGGACGACGUGAGCUGCUCGGGGCAUGAGUCCUACCUGUGGAGCUGCCCCCACAGCGGCUGGAACUCCCACAACUGCAACCACGGGGAGGACGCGGGCGUCAUCUGCUCAGGUUCUCCAGGCAACGCGACCACCCCAGGGCCUCACUACACCAGCACCAGGCCAACGGCCGCGGCAGUCUGCGGGGGCUUCCUGUCACGGCCCUCGGGGCACUUCACCAGCCCGUCCUUCCCCGCGGGCUACCCCAACAACGCCCGGUGCGUGUGGGACAUCGAGGUCCAGAACAACCACCGCGUGACCGUGGUCUUCAGAGACGUGCAGCUGGAGAGCAACUGCAACUACGACUACAUCCAGGUGUUCGACGGCCCUGCCCUCAGCGCCCCGCUCCUCGGCCGCGUCUGCCACGGCUCCAGGGACUCCUUCACGUCCUCCUCCAACUUCCUGUCCGUCCGCUUCGUCAGCGACGGCAGCGUCACCAGCAGAGGCUUCCAGGCCGACUACUACUCCCGCCCGUCCAACCACAGCACCCAGCUGCUGUGCCUGCCGGACCGGAUGCAGGCCAACGUGAGCCUGAGCUACCUGCAGGACCUGGGCUUCUCGGCCAGCGACCUGGUCAUCCCCCGCUGGGAGGGUGUGCAGCAGUGCCAGGCCCGGGUCACGGCGAGCCAGGUGACCUUCACCAUCCCGUACGCGGGCUGCGGCACCGUCCAGCAGCUGGACAACGACACCAUCACCUACGCCAACACCCUGCAAGCGGCCCGCCCCGCGGCCAGCGGCCUCAUCCAGCGGCGGCCCAGCCUGCACCUCCACGUGAGCUGCCGGAUGCUGCGGGACACCUGGGUGGACCUCAUGUACGUCGCCCACGACAACACCGCGGUCCAGGAAGUGCAGUACGGCCACUUCGCCGUCAACAUGUCCUUCUACACGUCGCCCGCCUUCGCCUACCCCGUGACCUCGCACCCCUACUUCGUGGGCCUGAGCCAGGACCUGUACGUCCAGGCCGAGGUCCGCGGCGCUGCCGCCAUGGCCCUGUUCGUGGACACCUGCGUGGCAUCGCCCUCCGCCGACGACUGGGCCUCCGUGACCUACGACCUCAUCCGGAGCGGGUGCGUGAGGGACGACACCUACCAGACCCUCCCCGCGCCAGCCGGCCUCGCCCGCUUCCGGUUCCGCUCCUUCCACUUCCUGCGCCGCCUCCCGGCCGUGUACCUGCACUGCAAGGUGCUGGUGUGCCGGGCCCACGACCCCGCCUCCCGCUGCCACGGCGGCUGCCAGCCCCGGCCCCGGCCACGGCGGGACCUGGGCGCCUUCCAGGAGCAGGUGGACGUGGUCCUGGGCCCCGUCCGGCUGCAGGAGCCGUAG